GAGCAACCAAGCGGUCUGGAAAACACUGAGGGUUCUUGGGUGGUCCGGUGGGUACUGCGGACGCCGCCGCGCUAGCCUUUCCGGGAUGCAGGUGCGGUUCGGACGGCGUCUGGCCGGCUCCAGCACCGGAAUGAAGAACACUGAAGAAGAUGAAACUCCCUAUCCUGCUCUCAUACCUAGCAAGGUAGAUCUCCAGCAGGUUACCAUCCUUCCACACAAUGAGUGGGAAAGGAUUCGGGAUAGCCUCGACAGGUUGACAAGAGAAGCAGCAGCUCUGCGUGCAGAAAGAACAGCAAAGAAAAACAUGCACUUACGGUCCCAGGAAUUGGUAAAACACUGGACUAAUACAUAUGAAGGGAUGAAAGAACAGAAACUUGAAGCCAAAAAAAAACGUGAUCAAGAAAUUGAGGCAGAAAGACAAAUACUUGAUUUGGAAGAAGAAAUAUUCAAACAAGGAGAACGAAAAAAGGCCAUUGAAAAUGCGAAACAAUAUCAGUUUUACCAGACAGACAGAGUGAAAAACUUUCACUCAGGACUUCUUCUCAGUAGAGUCAUGAAAGAACGUGAUGCCCAGAUUCAAUUCCACAAGAGUAAUAUCAAGUCAGAUAAAAAAUGGGAGGAGCAAUUGAAGCUCAGCAUUGAAAAAGCUUAUAAAGAAGAGCAAGAAAAAGUAGAAAAACAACGCAGAGACAGAAGAGCUCUUGCUGCAGACCAUCUAACCCAAAUGAAGGAACGUGAAGAGGAAGAGGAAAGGAGGAGAAAAAAUGAAGAAAAAGAUGCUGAGGAGAUAAAGCGGCAGAAUUUGCUACAUGAGAUAGAAAUGAAAAGAACAGCAAAAAAGAAAAAAGAAAAGAUAGAUGAAAACAGGAGACUGUUUUUUGAACAUAUGAAUGACAAAAACAUCAUCAAAGCUGCAGCACAGCAGCAGCAAGAAGAAGAAGAUGAAAAGAUUAGAAAAUUCAUCAAAGCAAAAAAGCGUCUUAUACAAAUGGGGAAGGAAAAAGACGCUGAAACACACAGGCUAAUGGAGGAACGGAGAGAAAGAAUAAAUAACUUUCUGAGUGAACAAAUAAAAGAAAAACUAGAUAAUGAAGAUUUGAUUAUUGCUAGGGAAAUUGCAGAAACUGAGGCUGAAUGGGAGAAAAAAGAAAAAGAAAAACAAGAAAAAAAUGAAGCUGAAUUGAAAACAAUUGCAGAACAUAGAGCCACUGUGAUGAAACAUAAAGAGGAACAAGAAAAACAAAGAGAAAUAGAUUCUAAAGAACAGUUGAUGGAUAUUAUAAAAGCAGACCAGAUCUUCUGGGAACUUGAGAAGGAGAAAAGUCUCAAAGCCAGUAAAAAACGCCGAGAACUUCAAGAUGCCCACAUCCAACAAAUGGCCAAAAAUAAGUUCAAUGCAAAACAAGAAAAACAAGAAGAAUUAGAUUACUACAGACUCACUGAAGCUCUUGCAGCUGAAAAGGAGAAAGAGUUUCAGAAUUAUGCCAGAGAAGUAAUUGAUCUUGAAUCUGAAUCAACAAACAAGUAUAUUUAUCCUCUUGUAAAAUCUGUACAGGAGGGACUUGGAGGGGGACGAGGGCCACCUUUUAUGGAGAGAGGUGGAUUGAGACCAAGCUAUCAGGUAAACGAUAUCACUGGUGUCCAGCUCCCUUCUUACAGCUCUCAACGACCUAAAUAUGAUUUCCAGAAGUCUAGGAGAAGGCUGGGUUUCACAAUGUAAGAGAAAAGCCUGAGAGUAACAAGAUUUAUUGUAUCUAUAAUGAACUACAAAUAUUAAGUGGCAUUUCUAUUAAUAAAGCUGCCUAUCUUGUAAAA